UCCAAUCCACUAGUCCACUAGUCCACUUGGAGAGAACAGAGGCUGUGUUCUGCUAUGCUCUGCUCCACCACAGGGCACACAACACAAUCACUCUAUCCUCUAUAACAAUCAACCACCAAGGAUCAAGGUAAACCUGCAGAGGAGAGGGCCAUGCAACCCAAAUCCGCCGCCAGACUGCCCAGCUUCCGCUCUAUUCCGGCCUCCUGGUUAGAAUCAGUUCUUUUGAAAGAGGAGGAAGAACAAGAAGAAGAAGAGGAGGAACAAGAAGAAAUCCAACAAGCUGAAGAAGAGCCCUUGACCUUUACCCAGCUGCUUUCUACAAUCGCAGCUCCCUCUCCUUCCCAACGCUAUGACACACAGGAUUACCCUCCCACCACCAUGUCCAUGUCCAUCCCCAAUUCAAUCGCACCCAAGGAACUUUAUGCUUCUGCCCCCCACCUCAAAGUGGACAACAUGUUCACGUUUGAGGACUCGGUACCCUGUAGAGUUCGGGCAAAGCGCGGCUGUGCUACGCAUCCCAGGAGUAUUGCCGAAAGGGUUCGCAGGACUCGUAUCAGUGACCGCAUCAGAAAGCUUCAAGAACUUGUGCCAAACAUGGAUAAGCAAACAAACACUGCAGAUAUGUUGGAUGAGGCGGUAGCAUAUGUCAAGCUUCUACAAAAGCAAAUUGAGACUCUUGAAACACUGCAGGAACUGACAGAGCACCAACGGAGGUGCAGAUGUAUGGUUCAAGAAUAAAAUGCCGACAGUACAUGCAGUGGUUGGCCGCUGAAGAUUUAUUUUAUGAAUUAUCAGAUUUUUUGGUGAUCAAGCAGACACUCCGGAUGCUAAUUAUAUAAAUUUUAAACUCUCUGGAUACCAUAAAGGGAUGCUAAUUAUAUUUUUUUAAUAUCGCUGGAUAAAUUAAAAGAUGCAUACAGACAUGUUGGGGAUGGCAUAGGUAGUUUAUUUAAAAUAUAGAAACUGUCCGACAAGCUUGUGAAUCCUUGGCUACUUGUGAAGAAAAUGGUCUGAUGUAUUUAAGAUGCACCGUCAGUUAAAUAAUGUUUAACUCUUGAAAGAUUGUCAUUAUCUAAAGAAUUAUGUCGGUCAGGAAUUU